AUGGCGACUGCCCUAUUGUCCAACAAACAGGGCCCACAAGCCCCCCGAAGGCAUCACUGUCACUCAACUGACCUUGCAGAGCCUGCAUGCAAUAUUCCAGAGCUUUUGGCAGAAGGUAAAGGAGCGUACCUGAGCUUCUGUGACAGAGCGGCGGAAGGUAGCGCACAUCAGCAGGCUGACAGAACGGAGUGUGCCUCCUCAAGGAGACAGUGCAAAGCAAGCUCCCUGUCACAAAGAUGCCUGCCUACCUGGGCCAAGAGCUACUCGAGGCCUCCCCACCAAGCAUCCACCACCGAAGCGGAGGAGCAACCACAGAAAGCUGCACAGACCAGCUGGACCCCUUGCCUGCCCCAGAGGGUAGAUAGCCUUGAUACCUGA